GUCAUGGGUGUGGCCUUGGUCUUCGCUUGCAUUGUCAUUGUUCGUCAGCGACAGCUGGACAGAAAGGCUCUGGAAAAGGUCUGAGAGUCACUGGAGCAACCACAGCCACCAUGGGGCCCUGGGGAGAGCCAGAGCUCCUGGUGUGGCGCCCAGAGGCAGUAGCCUCGGAGCCCCCAGUACCUGUGGGACUGGAGGUGAAGUUGGGGGCCCUGGUGCUACUGCUGGUGCUCACUCUCAUCUGCAGUCUGGUCCCCAUCUGUGUGCUACGCCGGCCUGGAGCUAAUCCAGAAGCCUCAGCCUUCCGCCAAAAAGCCCUGAGCCUUGUAAGCUGCUUUGCUGGGGGUGUCUUUCUGGCUACCUGUCUCCUGGACCUGCUACCUGACUACUUGUCUGCCAUAGAUGAGGCCCUGGCAGCUCUGCACGUGACGCUCCAGUUCCCCCUACAAGAGUUCAUCCUGGCUAUGGGCUUCUUCCUGGUCCUGGUGAUGGAGCAGAUCACACUGGCUUAUAAGGAGCAGUCAGUGCCACCACCUCGAGAGGAGACAAGGGCGCUGCUGGGAACAGUGAAUGGUGGGGCGCAGCACUGGCAUGAUGGGCCAGGCGUCCCACAGGCAAGCGGAGCUCUGGCAGCCCCCUCAGCCCUGCGUGCCAGUGUACUGGUGUUCUCCCUGGCUCUGCACUCGGUGUUUGAGGGGCUGGCAGUGGGGCUGCAGCGAGACCGGGCUCGGGCCAUGGAGCUGUGCCUGGCUUUGCUGCUCCAUAAGGGUAUUCUGGCAGUCAGCUUGUCCCUGAGGCUGCUGCAGAGCCACUUGCGAGCAAAGGUGGUGGCUGGCUGUGGCAUUCUCUUCUCAUGCAUGACACCUCUGGGCAUUGGGCUGGGUGCAGCUCUGGCAGAGUCAGCUGGUCCACUGCACCAGCUGGCCCAGUCUGUACUGGAGGGCAUGGCAGCUGGCACCUUUUUCUAUAUCACCUUUCUGGAAAUCCUGCCCCAGGAGCUGGCCACUUCCGAGCAGAGGAUCCUCAAGGUCAUUCUGCUGCUGUCAGGCUUUGCCCUACUUACUGGCCUGCUCUUCAUCCAAGUCUAGGGGGCUCCAAGAGGGGCAGGGGAGAUUGGGUACCAGGUACCCUUGACCUGCCUCCCCUCCUUAGGAGUGGGGAAGGGAAGUAUUGAGGACCAAAGAGUUCUCUGAGAGGUGGGGAUGGAGCCUUUGGGACUAUCUGACCAAUGGGAAAGAAGUGGGUAGACAAGAGCCUGGCCCCCAGGCCCAAGAGACAAGGCAUGGUCAAGUCACUAGAGACGUGAUCAAGAAACAUUAGUAUUAGGGAAGACACUGAGUACUAGAAUCAGGCAGACACUACACAGGGACAAACUGACACUGGGGAGGCUAAAGGUGGGUACCCAGAUACUAUGGGAUAGAAGUAGAGAGGACAUAGGCCCAGAGUCAGCAGUUCUCUUGCUUCUAGCCCAUUUCAGUCUUGUUAUUUGGAAUGUACGCGUCCUACUUUUCUUAGCUCCUACUCUCACAUCUAUCUCCCAGUUCCCCUCUCUCAAGACACUAGUGCCAAGUGGCCUCUUUUUGCCAGUUUUGGUACCUUCUCUGGCUUCUUCAGUCCUGCUUAUUGUAUUUUUACAGUGCCAAAUAAAAUGCUCUCCCUUUUUCUCAAAGCACAGUGAUGCGCUGAGCCCUGCCAGGGCACCUCAGUGAAGGGUGCCCUCUUGCUCCUUAUUUUAGUCCCAGAUUCUGGGGUGGGGCAGAAAUGUUUGCUGAGUUGGGGUGGAGGGAGGGUUGGCAGAUCUGCGGCCCGUACUAUUGCUGCACCCUGGGAAUACUGACAUGGACAUGGUACCCCAUACCCAGGUGAUCAACAUUGUGCUGCCAAAUUUUUUUAUACCAUAGGAGCCCAAGGGGGAAGGGGAAUGUUCACCCCCAGGGUUAUUUUUGGGGGGGUAGGGCUAUGCACAGGGCCAUAUUCUCUAGAAUCUAUUUUACUUACUGAUCUGUUUUGGGACAUGUUACCCAAAUAAAAGAUGUUUCUCUACAUCUGUA